UAAGAGAAACAAAAUGGGCAUAGGUCCAAAAACUUAAACCUUUCAAACACGUUACAAGUCGAUUAUCUUUGAAAACAGAGGAAGGCUCGCUAUUUUACCGAAGAAUGAAUAGCAACAAUGGCUCCUCUUACCUUCCGUUGAAGAAACUCUUACGAAUACUCAUACGCACUCAAAUAUAUCAUGGAACCUUUGCUUAACCAAAGAAAGAUGUGGCUGAAGCAUCCACAACUAUGGAGUUUUGUUCGUUUUGCUUCAGGCGUACUUGGAUUGCUCUGUUACGCUUUAAGUUCCUCCUUCAACUCUCUGUUCGGGAAAUGGAACUUGCUGAAAACAUUUCUUUACUGUGUCUUCAGUUUCAUCAUCUGCACUGCAGUUUUGUUUGUAAAGGUAUCACAUGGCCCAGGAAGUCUCCGACUAAAAACUCAUCUGGCAUUUUUGGUUCUGAUGAUUACAUCUUUCUACUCCUUUUACUUUGAUAAAGCCGUGAAUGGGAAACCAGAUGCAUACUCUAUAGCUUCUUGUGCUGCUUUUGCUGUGAUGUUUCUUGGCUUGUCAAGGCAUAGUCACUGCGGAUUUGAAGUGGACUUGCUCUAUUUCUUUCUCGCGGCUCUAACAAUACAACUCAUGAGGAUAAAGUGGGUUUUUGGAAUACUUGGAGCAUGUUAUAGCUAUGCUCUCAUCAUGAUCCAUAGCUGUGUGGAUGCUCAACAAGAAAUAAAUGGAUAUCAUGGAGUCCCAGAAGAGCCUCAUGUCAUUCAAGUAGAUCCACCAGAACUGUUAUUAAAUUCUAGCAUUACUCAAGACAGCGCAAUCACCGAAGUUGAUUCGCAUUGGCAAGAAGUCAAUAAUGAUUUUGCUCUCAUCAAGCCGGGCCUCUUGUCUUCUCUAAAGGCACUUAAGAAGCAGAAUCGAAAACUUUUAGGCCUACUUUACGGCCAGUCCCUGAUGGAGCCUUUUCAUCUCGAUGACAAUUUGUUAAUCGACAUGCUUCCGUGUGAAAUUAUCAACAACAUCAACGAAACUUUUAAGAUGGCACUGGCUGCUGGAUAUGAGAAGGAGUGCUGCCACUUAUACAGCAAUUGCCGCAGGGAGUUCUUGCAACAGUUUCUUUCAGAAUUAGAGUUGAAACACACACCUGAGGACCAUAAUGUUUUCAUCACACACAACAUUCUAAGUUGGAACAGAACUUUUAAAAUCGCCUUCCGUGUACUAUUUCUAUAUGAACGCAGGCUUUGUGAUCGCAUCUUCUUGGGAUUCUCCUCAGUGGGGGAUCUAUCUUUUGUGCUGGCUUGCAAGGAACUCACAACUCAUCUACUAAACUUUGUGAAUACAAUAGUAGUUGACAUCCGUUCGCCUCCGGCCAUGUUUAGAAGAGUGGUGAGUAUGUUUGAGGAGUUGAAUGACAUGAUUACCGAGUUGGAAUCAUUAUUUCCUGAUCAGGCCGGUGCAUCGCUGAGAAACGAUGCAAUCAAGGCAAAGAGGAGACUAGGUGAGAAAAUAAGAGACGUUUUCAAAAACUUGGAGAAUCUGAUUCACUGUGAUUCAGCCAUUGCAGAUGUUCCAGGAGGCAUUGAACCAAUCACCCGCGAUGUAAUGAAUGGUCUUGGUGCAAUAGUAAGAGUCAUGCCUAUGAUUGAGAAAGCUUUCAAAGAAUAUCCUAUAACAACUUGUCCUUCAUUUCCUGCCAUGAUAGCUUGGAUGAUAGAGCUGUUGGAGAACCAUUUGGAAGCCAAGUACAAAAUUUACACUGGAACUUCUUUGGAUUAUGUGGCCAUGAUGAAUAACAUUAUGUAUAUAAAACUAGAGACACUGAAGCAUUUUCCCUCUGCUCGAUUGAUAGACUUCGGCAGAGUCAAACGAUAUAGUUUCGCUGAAAUUUUGGGUGAUGAUUGGAUACAAAAGCACACAAAAAAAUUCCAGAAAAACCUUGAAGACUAUCAAAGAAGCUCAUGGAAUGAGGUGCUAGGCUUGUUGAAGCUAGACAACAACAACGAAUCACUGGCAAAAGAUGUAGCAAUUGAGUCCAUGAAAGAGAAGUUAGAGUUGUUCAACAUUCAAUUUGAGGAGAUAUGUUGCACUCAGUCUAAAUGGUUUGGCAGCUAUGAAAUACGGAAAGAGAUAAUAGUAUCCGUAGAAAACAUGUUGUUGCCGGCAUAUGGAAGCUUCAUUGGAAGGCUCCAGGAUGUUCUUGGCAAGGCUUCUUAUGACUAUAUACAGUAUGGAAUGCUUGAAAUUAAAGCUCGGCUCAAUCGUUUGUUUCUCGGAGGCAAACGGAUGAGUCGGUAGCUGAAAGAGCGGGAAAAGCUUGAGUAGGAUUAGAAAACAGGUUGCCACAAACUUCGAUCCAAAGGAGUUAUGUCCUUGUAUAAUCACUUAUGUUUUCUGGUCAAGAACUCAAAACCAGUUCAAGUCUCCUUUUAUUUUAUGAACUUAUAUUUUUCAUAUUUGGUUGGUUCAAGUACAAGUUGCAAUAAUAUGUGGAAUUGGAACAUAUGCGAAGUUAGAGAGCUCAACAUUAUUGUGAAAACUGUGUUAGUGAUCAAGAGAUUAGAGAGAAGAAGCUA